AAUUUAAUUAAAGUUGAAGAUUCUGAUGAAGAAAGAGUAACCAAAAAACCAAAAAUCAAAAAAGAUGAUCACUUACCAAGAGAAUCGAAACUUUCUUAUGAUGAAAAGGCCAAAAUUAUUGAUAUAGAAACACCACCCACAUAUCUAACUUUUGGGUUGACUAAUGCACUUAAACCUAAUAUACAAAUAUCACAACCACAAUCACAGUCUACUACUACAGAUACAUCUAAUUUAAUUUCAGCUCUUCAUAAAUAUCUUGAACUUCUUACAAAUGCUUUGAAUAGUUCAACUGAAA